GCGAGCGCAAAGCUUCGAGGAGCCGAAGUGGCCUGCGCCGCUGUGUGGGCCGGCGCCGCGAUGGCGGCGCGCCCGUGAAGAAGGCCCGGCUGCCUUGGGUAGGCCGCAGGCCUGGCGCAAUCCCGGAUCCUCUUGGCUUCUCGAAAGGAGGGAGGAGCAGAUGGCCGCUUGCUGCGGGUCCGUGCUUCCCGAGGGCCUUUGCAUUUACUGAAUCGUCGGGGAGCGAGCUCGGUUUCAUUGUGUUAGGAGGAACGUGUGACGCUCCGCGCCUCGCAGGUCAUCAACCUUAAGAUGAGUGGCUGCCGUGUCUUUGUUGGACACUUGAGCUCACGUGCUCGCGAACGGGACGUAGAGAAAUUCUUCAAAGGAUAUGGUCGCAUACGAGAAAUCCACCUGAAAAAUGGAUUUGGAUUCGUGGAAUUUGAAGACCACAGGGAUGCUGAUGAUGCAAUUUAUGAACUAAAUGGUAAAGAGCUGUGUGAUGAAAGGGUCACAAUUGAACAUGCUAGAGCCCGAAGAGGAAGGGGAAGAUUCUCACAACGGUUCAGUUAUUACUCGUCAAGUGGAUCUAGCCGGUAUGGGCCUCCUGUUCGUACUGAACACAGGAUCAUUGUUGAAAACCUUUCAUCCCGUAUCAGCUGGCAGGACUUGAAAGAUGUCAUGAGAAAGGCAGGGGAGGUCACCUAUGUGGAUGCACACAGAAACAACAGGAAUGAAGGGGUUGUGGAGUUUGCAUCUUACAGUGACAUGAAGAGUGCACUGGAAAAACUGGAUGGCACUGAGCUGAAUGGACGCAGAAUUAAACUGACUGAAGACCACAGAAGGCAUAGAAGCAGAUCUCGAUCAAGGAGUUACUCAAGAUCUCGCAGCAGGUCCAGGUCUACAGGAUCUUCCAGAUCGGAUAGCCGGUCCCGGUCCCGGUCCAGGUCCCGGUCCAGGUCCAGGUCUCGCUCUCGAUCCCGCUCUCGCUCUCGAUCCCGCUCUCGUUCUCGCAGUCGUACUCCUAAAAAGAGUUAUUCCCACAAAAGCCACCGCUCCAGCUUGAUAGCUUCUUCCCCCUCUCCCUCUUCUUCUAAAAGAAAAUCUCGUUCUAGGUCGAGCUCUGCUCAUAGCCGUAGUUAACUUGCUCUGAGAGAUGUUAAUUAAUUUGAUUCAAGUUUCUUGAAGACUUGAGACAAGUUGUGUAUGAGAACUGGGAGGGGAAGAGUUAACAUGAUGAAAGGGUGACCUCCUCUUACAUUGCCAAAGUGCCUGUCAUCAAAUAGGCCAUCUCUGUGAGGAGGGGCUGGCUGUCAGCUUUCUUCUUUCAGUGAAGUCUGGAGUGGGAAGUCUUUUUUAUUUUUUCCCUGCUAUUAGUAAACAUUUCUAUCAUAGAUAUAUUAUGUACACAUAAUGCUGAGGUAAUGGGAUGAGACAAUACGCUGCUUUCUCCCUCUCUUGCCCCUACUUUCCCCUCCACCUCCAAGGCCUUUGACUUCCAAAAUACUAUGUUAGCUUUUGUCCUUGGUAUUAAGUCCGAGAACAGGAAGUAUAGAUUUAAUUCCUUUAAGGUUCUGUGGCUACUUUUCUGUGCGAGAAUGAAUGGACCAGAUGAGAUUAGUUUAGAGUUCCCCUUUUUCCCCGUUGCUUGGCUUAACAGGCUGUUUUAAGUUCCAGCUUUACAUGACCUUGACAAUAUGCUUAAUUUGCAAAAGUCUUUCAGGAAUACACAUUGGUUAGUUGAAUAUUGCUCACUUGGAUAGUGAAUUAAUACAAUGUUAAGCAGUAAUGAAAGCUGGAAUUUUCUGUUAAAAUGAGACAUACCAUCCAGAUGUCAGAAUUAUUGGGAAUCCAUGGUAAUAAUUUUACAGUAAUUCACUAGUAUGUGGUAUUGUAUGUAUAGGCCUUAUUUGACAGGUGACUUCAUAAAACUGCACAAAAAUGUCAAUAUGCAUGUCCAUGUUUUUUGAUGUUUAUAAGUGACAUAGCUUUCAUUCCCAAAAGUGUGAUACUGAAUAACAUGUGUCUGACUAGCAAUAGUCUUGAUGGAAAGGAAGGUUAUUUUAGUAAUGAGAGCGGCAAAAAAAUCCCAGGAAAAGUGUAGUCAAAAUCUCCGGAAUGCACAGUUGUUUUGAUUAAUAGAAAUUUCCACUGCAAAUGCUGUUGUUCUUACAAUUUGGAAUUAGAUUUUUUUUUUAACUUCUGUAUUGUCAAAGAAGGGAAACAUUUUUGGAAAAAAUAUGUAAAUUAAUCCCAAAGUCUUACAUGUAUUUAAAUGUACCAUUCCUAAUAAAAUCAAACCUUUUUCUGGCUUAA